AGGGGGCGUGCCCAGGCGGGGGCUCCCGGCACCUUGCGCUGGGAAGGGGCUCGAGCCUUUGCGCGCCAAGUUCGGAGUUCGGAGUUGGCUUAGUGGUUCACGCUGUGGGCGCGUGGUGAGUGCGAGUCGGCUAUUUCGGGCGUCCGGGACUCUGGUCGGAGCCGCGGUAACGUAGGCCCGAGGCGCCGCUGGGAACGUGCGCGGGAUCCAUUCCGGUAGGCAACUUUGAACCAGUGCCAUGGCGACUUCAGUCAACGGGGCCCACCAGAAUGCCAACCUGUGGUCCUCACAUGAUAAGAUGCUGGUGCAGCCUCUCAAGGACAGUGACACUGAGGUUUACAACAUCAUCAAGAAUGAGAGUAACCGGCAGAGGGUUGGAUUGGAGCUGAUUGCCUCAGAGAACUUCACCAGCCGAGCAGUUUUGGAGGCCCUAGGCUCUUGUUUAAACAACAAAUACUCUGAGGGGUACCCAGGCCAGAGAUACUACGGAGGGACUGAGUUUAUCGAUGAGCUAGAGAUGCUCUGUCAGAAGCGUGCACUGCAGGCCUAUAAUCUGGACCCACAGUGCUGGGGAGUCAACGUCCAGCCCUACUCAGGCUCCCCUGCUAACUUUGCAGUGUACACUGCCCUGGUGGAACCCCAUGGGCGCAUCAUGGGUCUGGACCUGCCUGAUGGGGGCCACCUGACCCACGGUUUCAUGACAGACAAGAAGAAAAUCUCUGCCACAUCCAUCUUCUUUGAAUCUAUGCCUUAUAAGGUGAACCCAGAUACUGGCUACAUCAACUAUGACCAGCUGGAGGAAAAUGCCCGCCUCUUCCACCCAAAGCUGAUUGUUGCAGGAACCAGUUGCUACUCCCGAAAUCUGGACUAUGCGCGUUUGCGGAAGAUUGCAGAUGAGAAUGGAGCGUACCUCAUGGCGGACAUGGCACACAUCAGCGGGCUUGUGGCGGCUGGUGUGGUGCCCUCUCCUUUUGAACACUGCCAUGUGGUGACCACCACAACUCACAAGACCUUGAGAGGCUGCCGAGCAGGCAUGAUCUUCUACAGGAGAGGAGUGCGCAGCGUGGAUCCCAAGACUGGCAAGGACAUUCUGUACAAUCUGGAGUCACUCAUCAAUUCUGCCGUGUUCCCAGGCCUGCAGGGAGGGCCCCACAACCACGCCAUUGCUGGGGUUGCUGUGGCCUUGAAGCAGACCAUGACUCCGGAAUUUAAAGUUUAUCAGCACCAGGUGGUGGCCAACUGCAGGGCUCUAUCUGAGGCCCUGAAGGAGCUGGGCUACAAAAUCGUCACAGGGGGUUCUGACAACCACUUGAUCCUUGUGGAUCUCCGUUCCAAAGGCACAGAUGGUGGGAGGGCUGAGAAGGUGCUAGAAGCCUGUUCCAUUGCUUGCAACAAGAACACCUGCCCAGGUGACAGAAGUGCCCUGCGGCCCAGCGGACUGCGACUAGGGACCCCAGCACUGACAUCCCGAGGACUUUUGGAAAAAGACUUUCAAAAAGUAGCCCACUUUAUUCACAGAGGGAUAGAGCUGACUCUGCUGAUCCAGGACGAUGUCGGUGUGAGAGCCAGUCUGAAGGAGUUUAAGGAGAGACUGGCGGGGGACAUGUACCGGGGCACCGUGCAGGCUCUCCGGGAGGAGGUGGAGAACUUUGCUUCAGUCUUCCCUCUGCCCGGCCUGCCUAACUUCUGACAGAGCUGCCUGCUCUGCGCCUGCACAGUGCUAUCCAGGAAGCAGCCUGCUGGAGGACCCAGGCUCCUGCGACAGAAGACCUGCCCCAUAGGGGACCUGCUAGCUUCUUUGUGUGCCCUUUGAGGGAGUCUCUUUUGAACUUUUUUCACGUUUCUUCACAAACCAAAAUUUAAGUUCCCUUAUGAGUAAUUCUGGUACAGGUUAUUAAAGAAUUCAAAUUUAGGCCAGGCAUAGUGGCUUACGCCCGUAAUCCUAGCACUCUAGGAGAUUGAGGCAGGUGGAUUGCUUGAGCUCAUGAAUUUGAGAUCAGCCUGAGCAAAAGCGAAACUCCAUCUCUAAAAAUAGAAAAACUGAGGAAGGAGGAUGGUGUGAUCCCAAGUUGGAGAUUGCUGUGAGCUAUGAUGCUACAGCACUCUACCCAGGGUGACAGCUUGAGACUGUCUCGAAAAAAAAAAAAACAAAUUUAAAUCUCACUUUCUUACCACUGUAUAUAAUUAUUCUAGAAAGAGAAAAUACUAUGUAGCCAUUUAGCCUUAAGUUGUUUACACAAUGGUAUGGGGCAAAGCCUCCAGGAAGAUUCCAGGGUUUUGCUUACCUUUGUCCUGAGACAGUGGUUCUCAACCUUCCUAAUGGUAUAACCUCAUACAGUUCCUCAUGUUGUGGUGACCCCCAACCAUAAAAUUAUUUUCGUUGCUACUUCAUAACUGUAAUUUUGCUACUGUUAUGAAUCGUAAUGUAAAUAUCUGACAUGCAGGAUGUACUUAGGCGACCCCUGUGAAAGGGUUGUUUGGGGGCAGCGCCUGUGGCUCAGUCGGUAAGGCGCCGGCCCCAUAUACCGAGGGUGGUGGGUUCAAACCCGGCCUCGGCUGAACUGCAACCAAAAAAUAGCUGGGUGCUGUGGCAGGCGCCUGUAGUCCCAGCUACUCGGGAGGCUGAGGCAAGAGAAUCGCUUAACCCAGGAGUUGGAGGUUGCUGUGAGCUGUGUGAGGCCACGGCACUCUACCAAGGGCCAUAAAGUGAGACUCUGUCUCUACAAAAAAAAAAGGGUUGUUUGACCCUCCAAGGGGUCUUGACUCAAGAGGUUGAGAACCGCUGUCCUAAGAGUUACUGGGCUUUCCCUGCCCCAGCUCACAGCUUGUGAACACUGCCCAUUCUAGCCUGUCACCCAGCAUGGUGCCAGAGGAGAAAUGAAUUAGGACGUUACACCUAAAAAGGGAACUUCUGAAGACACUGCUGUGUGCUGUGAGUUGGAAGGGAAAGUGAGACAGGGCUCAUGGUGUGCUCUCAGCAGCUCUGUGUGUUGUAGAAACAUCUCCACCCUCCAGGUGGGGAAGUCCCCAGCCUCACCCUGUGAAAACCAACCAGGGGCUUUCCUGCUCCACCUGAGAGAACAAUGCCCUGCGUAAUCAGGAAACCCAAUGUCACCUUCCUGAAGAAACUUUAUUUUUCACAUAGCUGAAGUGCAAAACAUAGGUGACCAUUUUUAAUAAGCACAGUCAAAUUUUUAACCACAGAAUGUCUACAAGAAUUAUAGCUUUAAAAAAUACAACCAAUUUUUAUAUUCCAAAAAUAUCUGAACUCAAAUAAAUUAAUUUCUUAAAAAGUA